UAGUCAUGUUUGACGUUUGCCUUACUUAACCCCAAACCCCGUCUUCCUAUUUUUAUCGGCAGAAAAACUUGAUAUUUUGUAUUAUUUAAUGUAGUGUAACAUAAUAGAUAUGAACGAUGCUAAUUCGUUCGGUGGCUACCAGGAAGGCCCAGUGUUGGGCGGCGAGACUCCGCCCCAAUCGGCGGGGCCUUUAAACCCGGGGUACAGGUUUUCCGCGGAGGAGAUGAGGGUGCUGGGCGAGUGUAACCGCGAAAGCUUCUUCCAACGUUCACUGCCGCUCGGUACUUUUCUAGGACUUGGUGCCUAUGCUGCCGUGCAGGCGGGUCACCUGCGGCCUAACCCUCGUUUCGGCGCGUUCCCCAAAAUCACGCUGGCGGUGGUAGUCGGUUACUUCCUCGGCAAGCUGUCAUACCAGCAGGCUUGUGCGGAGAAACUGAUGAACCUGCCUGGUAGCUACAUCGGGCAGCUGCUCCGAGACCGCAGGGAUGGCAAGAUUGGGGGAGGGCGCACGGGCCUGUCGAAUAAGUCGCCGACGAUGUUCGGCGCGGGCCCCGGCGACAUCUACUCGGACGCGGGCCCGGGCUCCGCGCUCGACCUCGACACUGAGCGCCCGCUCUUCAGCGACGACGCCUACCGCCCGGACCAGGAUUCGGGUGGCCAAGCUGCGCCGGAGUCGCCGCCGCGGCCGGCGCUGUCGUACGACGAGCUGCGCCGGCGCAACCGCGGCGAGUACUCGGAACAGAAGCAGGAUCCUUACAAAAUGGAUCCCGGCUUCAUGCCUCCCCCGGCGCGCCGCGCCCCCCCUCCGCCCACCAACAAGUACGGCGAUAGCAUGGAGUAGACGAUAGCCUUAUUUUAGCCUUUUUUCCGAAUGUACAAACCCGCAGUGUAAAUUCAUUGCUUGUAGCAAUAGUAGCUCGUCGUGGUGUGUGAUACUCGCGCAAGCAAUGUAUAAUUUCUUUCAAAAUAAGUAUUCUUUUGGAAAUGCAGAUGAAAUGUCACUUAAAUUUUACAGUAUUCAUUUUAUACUGAAACGACGCCAUUGACCAAGCCGCAAGACGUCACGCGAACAUGCGAUGUUCAAUGAAUUAAAAGUUCAUAGUUAUUAUAAAAUGACCACUUAAGUAAAUAAAUGGUAAAUGUUUGAAAAAAAUUGCAAGGCUGAGACGCUAAGAGACACUGAUAUUAGAGAGAUAUUGUCUUGUCGUUUCGAAGCUAAUGCACCGCUCACAUCACUUGCAUUUACACAAUUAUGGUGCGGGUUGAAAAUUCAUGGAAUAAGAAGAAAGGUUACUCUUAAAGCGGGGUUUUGUCGAAACGUGACAGAAAUAUCAUUUGUACAGCUUACAUAGAUUAGACCGGGCUGGCCGCCCUCGGAUGCGCCGAGGCGUUCACAAUCAUGGUUGUUAAAGUUAUUAAGAAAAUAAAGUAGUUAAGUGUU